AUGACGGAAAGUGUGCUUGAGAUGCGCCAGAGGCUCCAGAGAUGCGUGAGAUGGGGUCUCGAGUCCGUCAACAAGACCAAAGGUAGCGGAUACAUGCACCACACCAACAUCCUAUUUGAUCCACUAUCCACGUCCCAUGCUCAUCAGAUUGCUUCCAAUUGUGGCGACAUGGACCCUCAUGGCCCAAGCUUGCCCAUGUUUCUUCCCUGCGUGAUCCAGCCCGUCAUCCACGCUGUUGUCUCUCAUGACGGCUCAAAACACACCGUCUCAAGCCAUGACAAUCCACCUGCGACAACAUGUCUUGUCAUCUGCGUCUGUUGUUUCUCAACUAUAGGUUGUGGUUUCAAUUUGUCCAAUUCGGCAUCAACAUGA